AGAAAACUGUUGAAGCCGUUGGUCGGCGGCGGCCUCGAGCUCGGAGCUGGUUCAUUGGCAACAACCCCCCCCCCGCCACCCCCCAACCAACCCCACUCUGGCCCCGCCCACCCUCACCUCUAAGCAACCGGCACCUGGGGGGCCAUUACCUACCAACCGACCCGGGCAGAAUGGCGUCUGCUGGCAAGUGGGAAAUCGUCAAUAAGAAAAACAAGAAAACCACUUUGACGAGAAAUGAGAAGAAGUCGGCCCGGAAAGCGCUGUCUGAGAACAUGCCUCGGAUAGACCCAGUCCCUCCUUUGAAACCCUCUGAAACCCUUUUCGAACUUGGGUUUGAGAAAAUGGGCAAGAAGCAAAACAAAGAGCAAGUUCCUCCAGUAUCAGCUCCUGAGCACCAUCAACAGAAAUGUUCCUCUGGAGGCAAGGUGAUCAAGAAACCCAGUGGUGAUGCAGGACUGAAGCACAAGAGGUUUCCUUCUUUGGAGGCUGCUGUUAAAGCUCUUGAUUUGAAAGAACUUCAGGAGCAACUGGAUAAAAGCCAGAACUUGUUUCCUGGAAAUCCAUCUGUCUGGGUGAAGGACUUGGCUGGAUACUUGAAUUAUAAACUACAAGCACCAGAAACAGAUCCUACCCUCAGUCAAUAUUCCUUUGACUAUCCAUAUAGCCUUGCUAAUAAGGAGCUUCGGAAUGUUAUCAAAUCACUGCUGGCAAAAACAUCUGACAACCUGGAACACUUCUUUGACCACUGCAUCUACACUAUGUUGCGUGAGCAAGAAAAGGCUGCAGGUGAAUCCCUGCAUGGCUACAGAAUUUGUAUUCAGGCUAUAUUGCUAGACAAACCUAAAAUUGGAACAAUGAAUCUUGGAAAGUACCUGGAAUUGCUGAGAUCCCAGCAUAACAAACCAAUGAAAUGCCUCAGCAUCAUGUGGGCCCUGGGACAGGCUGGGACAGAUUUGGCAGAAGGAUUAAAGGUAUGGCUUAACAUAAUGCUUCCUGUACUGGGUGUGAAAGCUCUGUCUGCCUAUGCAAUUAGCUACUUGGACAGAUUACUAAUGAUGCAUUCCAAUUUAUCCAAGGGAUUUGGAACUAUUGGACCAAAAGACUUUUUCCCACUGCUGGACUUUGCUUACAUGCCUAACAACUCACUUUCACCCAAUUUACAGGAUCAGUUGCGUCAUCUUUAUCCUCGGCUGAAAGUAUUGGCAUUUGGUGCCAAACCUGACUCUACACUGCACACCUACUUUCCCUCUUUCUUAUCGAGAGCAACUCCCAACUGCCCUCAAGAGAUGAAGAAAGAGCUCUUAACGUGUAUGGUUCAGUGCUUAACCACAGAUUCUAACAGUUUCAGUGUUUGGAGACAGCUGUAUACCAAACAUCUCUCUCAGUCCAGUCUCCUGCUAAAUAAUCUUUUGGAAAGCUGGGACAACACUCCAGUCAAGGUGCAGAAAGCUCUGCAAGAAACUGUUCGUUCAUUUAAAGUUACAAAUGAAGAACUGUCUGGCAAAGGUGCCACAAAUUCACAGGAAAUACAUGCCUGCAAUACCGCAUGCAACAACCUCCUGCAGAAGUUGAAAGGCGGUGGCUUCCCAUGGUUUCGUCUGCUACUUGUGCUAAUGAUUUUUGCUGUAGGCUUUGUGAUGCAUGAUAUCAGAACACACGGAUCCUUCAAUGCGUCAUCUUCUGCUGAUGUCCUAAGGCAGUCCGGAAUAAUGUCUGUGUCUCAGCAGGCUUGGAAUAAAAUAUCUCAUUAUUCCAAACGGGGAUACAGUUGGAUAGAAGCAAAUACUCCUUAUUACUAUUCAGAGGCUGUAACAAUGUUUGGACCAAACCUUGAACUGGUUUGGAGAAGGCUGACUGAAUCAGUUGUAUAUACAAAGGAAAUGUUGUCAAGUCAUAUUUCAUGGAUCACUGAAAAUCUACCCAGGCUUAUUGAGUGGCUUCAUUCUAAUCUCCCAGAUGCAGUGAUGCAGUUUGUAAACUACAUCAAGGAAUUGCUUCUCUUUGUACAUCAGAAUUAUCUAUUUCCAGCUUUGGAAUAUAUGCGAAUGGUAAUGAAACAGUGGUGGAAACAGCUUGUUAAUUCUUGCGAGGGUGAAAUCAGUUGGGACUGUAUGAAGACACAUUUUGUGAACACAACACACUUUACGUGGAGUUAUCUGCAGAACACAAUGACAGCUGUCAAAAACUGGGCCUCUUCUAUGAUCUCCAAUCAUUAAACAAGAAGAAGCAUAUUCCAUGCUAUUUUGGGAACAGCAGUUGUUCAGCUGGAGCAUUCUUGAAGGGAGUUAACUUUGUUCCUGCUGUGGAGAGGAUUGAGAAUUGAUUGAACCAAGAGUACAAAUGCCACUUAAUUAUUUGCUUUUGUUAUAACAAUUUUUACCUCUCCAGUGCAUGUAUUUUGUACCCACUUUUUUCAGAACUCUGAAAGAUGUUUAACCAUUGGUGUCUUCUAUAUUGACUUUACACAUUAUUUUCUACACAUUACAACAUUGGAUGAUAAACUUAAUUUAGAGCUGCAAUGUUCAAAAAUGUUUGACAUAGUGUAAUAGCUGUUCAUAUCUUGCUGCCAUAAUUAGAGUUUUAAUUUCAACAUGGUUUAAUAAAAUUACAGUAUUUUAAAAACAAAACCCAAUGCCAUACAAGCCAGGUAUGCUCAAAAUUUAAUGGGACAACUUGUGUAUUUUUAAGUAGCUGCAACAGUAACAGCUGAUGACUAACUUGUAGAGUUGCAGUGGUUUAUAUCUCUGAUUAUCAUAGUAAAUUAUUAAAGCCAUUUGUGCUGCAGUCUGUAAAAGUUUUUUAUGUAAAAUAAUUGUGUAAUGUUAUAAGCUUUAGCUUUUUAGUUAAACAGUACUCAUUAACUUUGGCUGUGAUGACAUUUGAAAUGGGUUGCCAAUAUUUUUUGCCUGGUGACAAUUUUUAAUUUGGCAAAAAAUAGUUGUCUAGGCAAUGAAGCAUUUCUAAUUUCAGGUUGCUUCUGAAAAUUGUAAAUACUGAUAUUUUGGCCUGAAAUCUAUUUUUGAAUUGCCUCUUAGUGGUAAUUAUAUCUUUUUUGUUUAACAUCAUACGUGUAUCCUCCUACCAAAUGGCUAAAAACUCCUAUUCUUCAAUAGUAGCAUAACAAUGCCAGUACAACCAAGAUCACUUCAACAAUGUCCAUUUUAAAGGCAUGACUAGGUUACACUAAACAUUUUUAUUAUCUUCCCCAGUCAUAGCAGAGGUAUUUUAAAGCAAGUACCCCUCUCUCUCUGUGUGUCUCUGCUGUUUAGAUCAUGCUGUAUUUGUAGAGGUUACCAGUCCAUCAAUCCAGUGCCUAUAAAAUGUAAUUAAGAUAACUGACUCGACUUCACAAGCCAACAGAGCAAAUUUCCAGAUGACAUCUCGUCAGUUCCCCUACUAGUGAUAUUGAUGUUAUCCCAUUCUAGCCUAUUGCUUUAUGUCCAAUCCUCGGAUAACAUUUGGGUUUUGAAAUAUUUUAACUUGUGCGAAGUACAAGACUUUACAUGCAGAAUCUUCAUUUGUUCUAUAACGUUGCGUAAUGAGACAAUUCCUUUUUGUAAUUUCAUUUAAUUGGCAUUUAAGUUACUUGUGAUUAAGACAUGCCCAGGUCAAGUCAAUGUAUUUGUUCGAUGUGCAUGAUGGUUCCUAAGAUCAUAGCUGCUGCAUUACAUCUGGAAUACUAAAGACAAUUUAUAUUAAUGAAAUAAACUUUGCAUCAAGAAAAUAAGUUAUAUUGUGACUCAGUUUUUGGAUGAUGAAAUAUAUGCCUGAUGAUAUUGGUGUUUGACUGGUAAUGUGUAAAAUUAUUUCAAGCAUGAUUGUAGGGUCUGCAUGAUUGGUUGUAUCAUUACUUUAAAUAGUCUGGAGUUCCAGACUCUAGGUCUGCCCAGUUGCUCACUUCUGGAUGAUUGAAAUGCAUGGUUGAAAGGAAUUGCUCCUACUACCACUCUGCUUUUUGAAGACUCCUUUAUUGGCAGUUGAUUUUUUUUUUAAAGGGGGUAACAUCUUACAUUAACCCAGGAAACCUUUUAGUUACCAAUACAAUACAUUUAUAAAAUACAUACAAUGUACAUUUGUGCUUACCUUAUUUAAAGAAUUGAAUUGUUUAUUCUUCAAACAAGCUAAAGUUUGCCAAACUCUUUUUAUGAACACUUUUUUCAUAUUUUCUAAAGGAGACCAAAGUGAUGUGGAGGUACUUGCAGAAAUGUUUUUGCUCUUUUUAAAUGUAAUUCGUCCAUUAUUUUUCCAAUACCAACUAGCCUCAGUGUGGCAACAAAUAUUCUUCCAAAUGAUGCAUAUAAAUUAAUGGGAAAGGACAAAAGGAAUAUAUUGUGAAAAAAUGUAACCAACAUUUGUACUGUUUAACUAAUUUGUAACAUAUCUUAAGUUGGAAUAUUGUUUAAGUUUCACUUAUAAGUACCUUAAGUUGGCAGUUAUAUAAAAACACGGUUGUUUCCAGUGAUUGUCAUUUUGCUUAAAGCCCUCUACUUCCACUUUCUCUCCUCACCUAUCCAAAAUACUAAAAACAAAGUUCUUGUUUACUAAUCCAUUUUACAAGGUAUAAAAGUUGUCUGGCCCGUUAUCUGCCUCCAUUUAUAUUUGCCACUUUUUUUUUGAUUUUGAGGCAAAAUACUGUUACCUUGCUCAUUGACUAAUUUAUUAAGGGGUAAUUUUAACCCAAAAAAAUUCUAUAUGUACAUAUUGAUUAUGGGACCAGAGUGAUGGAUGUAAGUGGUGAACGUAAUGCAGACUGGCCAAAUACAUGUUAAUUCUGCUGCACAAUGUGUUGUCUUAAUGUAAAUUUCAAUCAUGAAUUUAUUUCUGGUGAAAAUAAAAAGGGUAUUUAAUCAAAA